AUGGUGGGUUGGAGGAUUAGAGCAAACAUGGAAGUUUAUGUUGAACAUGGUAUAUUUGAUGAAAUUCUAAAUGAAGAACCUGGAGGGAUUACUAAUGAAAGUGACAAUAGAGAUGAUGUUGAUGAUAGUGGUGAUAGCGGUGAUAGUGAGUUCUUAGUAGACUUAGAUAACCUCCUAGAUGAACCUGAGAUAGACAUGAAUGAGUUUUUGUUAAAUAUUGAUGAAGAUAUAGAGUGGGUGGGUGAUCUUGGAGGGUCAAAUGUCAAGGAAACAGAAACAAGGGAAAUUGAUGAUAUUGAGGUUCUAAACAAUGAGGUAUUCUUAUAUGAGUCAUCAUCUGAUGAAGGUGGGAGCAAUAGGAGAAGAAAAUCAAUUAAGGCAAUCCGAAGGGAAAUGGAAAACAGUGAAGCAAGAGUACUUUAUGCUAGCAAGUGGGAACAAGAUGUUGACUGGGAGAUCAAGACCUACGAAAAAGAGCAUAUAUGUCAACAAACAAGAAAUGUGAAAGCUUGUACCUACAAGUUUUUGGCAAAGAAAAUAGUGCAACAGAUUGAAAGCAACCCUACAGUCCCUACACGAGCUUUACAAGAACAACUUCAACGUGAAUACCAUGUAGAUAUUUCAAAGAUGAAGUUAUUUAGGGCUAAAACUGAAGCAUUGAAUCAAGUGAUGGUCGAUUAUGCAGGGCAAUAUACUACACUACGAGACUAUGUACAAGAACUUCACACUCGCAACCCAGGGACAACAGUUAAAAUAGAGGUCGAAAGUGAGCCAAACCCAGCUUCUGAGACUAGAACUUUCAAACGGAUCUACAUCUAUCUAGGGACAUUAAAGAAAGGUUUUCUAGCUGGUAAAAGAGAUUACCUUGGUUUGGAUGGGACUUUUAUGAAAGGGCCUUAUCCUGGAAUGAUACUCACAACAGUGGGUCUUGAUGGAAAUAAUUGUACAUAUCCUUUGGUGUAUGCUGUCGUAGAGGUUGAGAAUAUAAAUUCAUGGACUUGGUUCUUAAGGUGCUUGAGUGAUGACAUUGAUUUGCAAGCUAAUUCCAACUUUACCUUUAUAUCUGACAGACAGAAGGGCUUGUUGCAAGCAAUUGGUACAUUGUAUCUAUGCGCAUAA